ACAGAUGUUUCACAAAUUUGCAUAAUUUAAAAUGCCUCCCAGGCCUAUCAACUGAUGCCUCAGAAAGGUGUGUCGGAAAGAUAACAGAGUCCCAGCUGGGGCCACAGACUGCACUCCAGUUGUCUUUGGUGGUUUUCUCGUACUGACUUUUGAGAGCCAGCUCAUGAUCUCAGGAUGUAUGAAAAAACAAUAAUACUAACUGUAUUACUACUCUCAGGCUAUAGUUCCUCUCAACUAACUACUGAAAGUGUCUCAAUGACUCACGAAACACCAGUAAGGGCCAUGACUGUUCAAGCCCCAUAUGUGGUUACCACAGAGGACUUACCAUUCAACAUUCAUGGAAACAGACUACUUGAACACAUUUUUUCUGCGGGAGAGAUAACAGGGAUUGUGUAUGCAGUAAUGGCUGGUAUCAUCGGAACUAUCCUCUCAAUUGCCUUCUGUAUUAAACGACUAACAAAGAAAACUCCAUCUCCCGUGCAAACUGCACAACCAGAGGACGCAGAUCCUGAAAGUUCUGUAGAAACAAGAAAUCCAGAACAGUAAUUCAUGAGAAUCUGCUCAUCAAGCCAGAUUUUGGAAGAAGUCAAAGACACAAGACUUCAGUCAAGUGAAAAAUGAAUGUGUGAAUUACACACUCCAAUAUAGCGUAUACCUUCCUAAGCUGUACGUACUUCGGGAUGAAAAUUUCAUUGUAAUGAGUCCAGUGACUCAGUGAUGGAAAAUGUCUGUAUUCAUUAGGUGUCUAUUUCAAAAUGUAGAACAAAUAUUUUCUUUCAUGCUUGCUUUUGUGUGUUAGCAUUAUUUUUAUAAUUAAUUGAUUUGGAAUUCUGAUCCCCAAACUUUGGUUGGCUUCAUCCGCAGUUAUUUACAAGUGAUUUAUUCUAUUUUAUUAUACUUUAAUGAUCGUGCUGUCGAAUGAAAGGCUUGUCACAUCUAGAUGAAAUCUAAGUUCUCAUUCCAAA